AUGGCCCAGCGGAAGGAUCAAGCGCUCUCAUCGGGCGAGCCAACCAUGAACGCCAUCAAGAUCAUGGAGGAGUUGAACGAGAAGGCGACCGCAAACGACGUGGAGAGCGCGGAGUGCGAGUGCUGUGGCAUGUCCGAAGACUGCACUCCCACGUACAUACGCCGGAUCAAGGAGUUCUUCCACGGGAGAUGGAUCUGCGGGCUCUGCUCCGAGGCGGUGAAGGAGCAGAUGAAGCGGACACCGGCGGCGACCAUGGAAGAAGCCGUGGACUCCCACAUCUCUCUCUGCAAGAAGUUCAACAGGACCGUUCGGCUCAACCCCAAGCUUUCCUUGGCAGUUUCCAUGAGGGACAUAGCGAGGAAGAGCUCGGAGCGCAGGACCAUAGAUGGCAUGCCGGGAUCCAAGAUCGUGAGCGCGAUGAACUGCGGGCCUAAGUUGGACGUCGCCAUCAAACAGUCACAGAUCCAGUAA